GUUGUUUCAUAACAUUCGUUCACAUUAUCGUGACAUGCGUAACUAUUAGUAGCAUUGAAAUGUAUAUAUUUUUUAUAUCAUUGUUUCUAACCAUGAAUCAAGUCCUGUCGUAACAGAAAGCAAUAAUUUGUGUUGCUAGUUAAAAUUCCAAUUGUAUGUAAUUUAUAUGUAAUUUUAGUUACUGUACUAAUAAAUAAAAUAUAUCCCUCUAUAACAAAAUACUUAAUAGCUUUUCGUAAACAGAGGUUACUAGAUCUUUAUCUAAAUGUCUAUCGUAACUUUCUGUAAUAUACCGUAUUUAUAGGAAAAGAAUACCGUACUUUUUAGUUGUCGUAGACACGGUCAUUGUCACAAAAACUUUUUUAUCUGUGGAGAGUUGUAGAAUGGAAUGGAGAUACAUAUUGGCCUGAUGAUGUGAAUGAAAUAUAUGUGAUUGUGAUUCAUUGAUCUUUCUUUGACAUUUAUAUCCACCGAUUAUUAAAAUUAAUAAUGUAUUAAAUUUUGACUAUCCAAUUAAUGUGAUAAUUGUAACCCUAUGUAGUUAUUCAAAUUGCAAUUUACUUAUUUGAAUUAGUUAAUACAAUGUAUUAACUAUAACAGUAUUGUGAAAUGUUGUGAUCAAGUGUGAUUGAUGUUUGUUUUACGCUAAGUGUUUUUUGUGUUGGGGUGGAAGUGCCUUUCCAGUUGUCACAAGAUGCCUUUCAACUUCUUGUGCUGUGUGAGACCUGGAGUGGAGGAAGUGGUGGAAUUAGAUUAUUCACAUCAGUCACUAACAGACGUUCCAUCAGAUGUCUUUGUAUACGAAAGGACCCUUGAAACCUUAUAUUGUCAAAGUAAUCGUAUCAGUGAGUUACCACGACAGCUUUUUAUGUGUCAUGGACUGAAACACUUGGACCUCAGCGACAAUGAGCUACAAGCUAUACCAACCGCCAUAUCUUCAUUGGUAAAUUUACAGUACUUGAAUAUUAGCAGAAAUACAUUAGCUUCUAUACCCGAUACCAUGAAAGCAUUAAAGUAUUUAAUGUACUUAGAUCUUAGUGUUAAUCCUUUAGAAAAACUUCCAGAUGCUAUUACAAACCUUAUAGCUUUGCAAGAAUUGUAUCUGAAUGAUACAUAUUUGGAGUACCUGCCAGGAAACUUUGGUAGACUUGCAAGUCUGCGUAUACUUGAAUUGCGAGAUAAUUAUUUAAUGAUUUUACCAAAAUCUUUGUCACGAUCUACAGACUUGUUAAGGUUAGAUAUAGGUCAAAAUGAAUUUCAACAGUUCCCAGAAGUUAUUGGAAGAUUUACUAAAUUGAGAGAGUUGUGGAUGGAUAGUAAUAGUUUAAUGAACAUACCAGCAGCAAUAAAACCAUUAGAAAAUUUAAUACACCUUGAAGCUAGCAAUAAUAUGAUAGAAGAAAUUGCACCAGAAAUUGGUUACUGCACAAAAUUGGUGGAUUUGAGUUUGUCAAUUAACAGUUUAACCCAACUUCCAGAUAGCAUUGGGCAAUUAAAUAAUUUAACCACUUUAAAAUUAGAUAACAACAGGUUGUAUUCUAUCCCAGAGAGUAUAGGACAGUUAACUAAUUUAGAAGAGCUUAUGUUGAUGUGCAACUAUUUAGAAAAAAUACCAUCCUCAAUAGGUCUCCUAAGGAAAUUACAGUAUCUUAAUAUCGAUGAUAAUAUGUUAAGAAUGAUUCCUCCAGAAAUAGGGAGCUGUACAAAGUUAUCUGUGUUGUCACUUCGAGCAAAUAAACUAACUAAGAUCCCUCCAGAAAUUGGCCAUUUAUGCUCUUUAAGAGUUUUAAACUUAGUGAGAAAUUCUCUAGGUUGUCUUCCUCAGUCCUUAUUAAAUUGUGAUAAUUUAGUAGCCCUCUGGCUGUCUGAAAAUCAAAGUAAACCUUUAGUGCCUAUGCAUUCCGAAGUAGACCCACAUACUUAUGAACAGGUCCUUACAUGUUUCCUCUUUCCCCAAGUGCCUUUGACGCCAAUAGAGAUGAAAUCAACAGACAAUGAAUAUAAAUCAGAAAAUGAAAAUGCACAACCACCUGUUCGACAUAUUAGCUUUGUGGAUAUGAAAGCACUGCCAAAAGUCCCUGAAAAACCAGGACAGUUGCGAAGAGCACCAACACCUUAUCCAAAGGAAUUAAGAGCUUUAGCUAAGCAUGCUAGAAAUAUCCAUAAGGAUGGUACACAAGAUGUUUCUCCGCCUAUGCAAAAUGCAGUGCAUAUAAAAGCAGCUAAAAUCACACCUACAUUACAACAAAGAUUUGCUUCAGAUAACAAAAAAGAUAUAAGUAAUGUUACAAAAGACAAUAUAGAUGGAGUACCACAAGAUGCUAUGAAAUUGUCAGUGUAUGAUAAUAUUCCCAUAGAAAAUUCUUAUGAUAAACCAUUAGAACUCUCAAAUGAGAUAGAUACAACUUACAAAGGUGUUGACCAUGCUUUGUAUCCAGAGAAUAAUGUUGGUCAAAAUUCUGAUUGUAAACAUGAAAACUUAAACCACUACAUGCUAUCUCAGAGACAUUACAAUACAAAAUUGAAUGAAAACUAUGCUUCUAGGCAAGAUAUGGAUAGAACAGGGGUUCCUCAAAAUAUUUAUGGUGUCCACACAGUUGAAAAUAAAAAUUAUUCUGUUAAUAAUGACAAUACUUUUAGGAACAAUUUAGAUGAAACUCAUAGGCUACAACGACUAAGUCUUGUUUCACAGGACAGACGAUCGAAUAAUGAAAUGGUAUUAUCACCUAACUUUGAAGAUACCUCAUAUAAUACAAGAAUAGUUGAUAAUAUUCCUCAAUUUGAACCUAUGUAUUCUAGAAAGGAUCAUAUUAUAUCUCAUCCUGUACCAGAGGGUAAAUAUAGAGAUAAGAUAUAUGACUCAGAAACAUUUGCACGAUCUAAAGAAAAAAAUUUCAGCCAAAGAAAUUAUGAUACCUACAAUUACAAUCCCCGUGGGAGCCGUGAUUUAGCAGGUUCAAGAAUACAUACCAUUAGUCAAGUUGUUAGUUCUACAACAAUGCCUAAUUUAAGUAACUACAAUAACAUGUAUCCCAUACAAGGCGUAGAUGGCCCUCAAUUUGCAACAGCCAUCCAUCAAACAUCACCAAAUGCGAACUUUUAUAGUGGUGUAGCUUCAAGCCCUACUUAUGUGUCUACACAGUCUCCUGAACUGUAUUCCCCAACUGGCCACACAAAUACGACAAAUCCAUAUCGUAUGACGAACACGCCUCUUGUAUCAGAUGAUGGUAGUUAUAGCCAUAUGAAUUCCCCUACAAGUCAGAAUAUGUAUGACUUGUAUGAUGCCAUGCCAGCUCCAUCCAGUACUCCAAGUGUUAUUAGUCACCGCCAUAGCCCCAGUGGCGUAUCGGAACCUGUGUAUGGACGCGGUCAACCUCCGCCUUACCAUAUUGCAGCUCCCUACACAAAACAUGCACAAUAUUUUAAUGGCACAACUGGAUAGUGUCAGUGUAUUAGAGGGAGACAAACAUUCUUCCUACAAAGAGUAAAAUCAUAUGAACACUAUUAAAUUUUAAUUAAAUAUCUUGUCUGUUCUUUCUCAUUCUAUUUUGUUAUAUGCAUGUUUUGUGAAUGUGCAAUUUAUAUGUGAUAUAAUAUAAUAAUGUUGGAAGAAUAAUGUAAUUAUAAGGUGCUAAGAAACAGAUUAAAUUGUUGGAGCAGUAAGCACAUUGAUUCUUAAGGAAAAAACUUUAUAACAAAUUCAGAGUUUAAUAUGUAAAUAGUUUCAAAGGAUAUGUGGCAAAUAUUAUAUUAGAAAAUAGAGUUGUAGGUACUGGUUGAGUACAACUUGUAACAACUAUGUUGUUUCUUGAUAAUGUUGUAAUAAAUAUAAUGUUGAUAAAUAAGAGCACAGAAUAUAGAUAGAUAUAUAUAUUGUAUGUAAGUAGGUACUUUAUGUACAUUUAAUGACGCGGUACAACAGUCUAUUUUAGAGUAGCCACGCUUCGUCAGACGACUGGCUAUGGCGUAGAGCUAAGUAUCAUUCUAAAAGUUAAAUGUCGUCAGCGAAGUGAUGAAGACGAUGAUAAAAUCUUAAUUCUUUUUCGCUCUCACCUUCAGUUAUGCCCACGUCACGCUUAUAAUGCAGCGAUGAAUUAGUUUAUCAAAUAUCAAAGGUUUGUUUCAAAGUUACACAGGUAUAUAUCUAUUUUAACAAUUUCGUAGCCAUUAAGUAUAAAUCACAAUAGUAUACACAGUAGCAUUACUAC